GGACCGACAAGCAUUACCUAGACACCUAACCUGCUCAAGACCAUAUACUUAGUUGUCACCAUUAGCUACUUCAUGUUAUGGGAAGUUUGUGCAACAGUACGAUUGUCGAGUAACACCAUCUCAGAAUGCACAUCACGACAUCAGAAGCACACCACAUUUCUGUUCUAGCAGGCCAGGGGGAGAUCAUCAAGCUCCGUGCCGCCGUCAAGAGCCUAGCCGCACGGGAAGAAGCUUCCACUGCCGAGGUGCUGAUUGCCUGCAAGGAUGACUUCCAGCAAACAGCCGCACACAUAGCUGCCAAAGCUGGACAAUCACGCUCAAUUGAAGUCUUGGGUGAGCUACUCGGCACUGAGGAGAACAAAGCGGUCUACUUCAACAUGGCAAACCGUUUCUCAGGAGACCGGCCGGUGCAUACAGCCAUGCGCCACGGGUUUCUGGACGUCUUCAAGGCUCUGGUAGCUAACGGGGCGGAUCCAACGGUCAAGAACCGCUUUGGGGACACGGUGCUGGAUUACCCCGGCGAUUUUGAGCCCGAUGAGGUACAGAGAGUCGUUGAUGAAUACAGGGAGAGGACAUCGAGGCGGCCUGACUAAAGAGGGUAUGGUUAUGAUUAGAACCUGGCUGGAUAUGUUUACCUUAGGAUACACAGCUUACUAUCAAGUGAUCCCUCUUCAAGGGGUACACUAGUACUGAUGUAGUAGUCACACUCAAUCAAAAGACCAGGAGCAACCUGGAAGGUAUGGG